CCCCCAGCAACACCGGGGCCUGGCGGCUCCCUCUGCGGAUGCAGGUCAGGCGGGGAGGAGGAAGAGGAGGAGGAAGGCAGAUGACCAAAGUCACUUUCACGCACAAGUCGCAUCACGCCAUCGGAAUCUCAUGCAGCUGCGCAGACCCUCCGCAGUCGACUCCAGCGCCACGCCAGGGUUUUUCCGGACGAUCUGCGCGGAUUUGCGCGACUUAUUUAUUUAAUUUGCCCCUUAUAUAAACCACAUCGAGCCAAAACACACAGAGAGAGAAAGAGAAGCGAUCGGUUCCUCUUCGGGCACCCAUGCCUAAGUCUUGUUGACGGCGCUCAAUCGGCGGCGCUGACCCCACGGUGAGGUGGGCGUCUCACUCACAGAGGACAGACCAGGGUGACCGCAUCGUCUUCCUCAAGCCUUCCUCCCUUCAUCUCGUCUGACAUGGCAGACCCCAGCAUCACGUCUCCCUCCGGAACGCCCCUGCGCUCCCCCAACGCCCCGCUCACCCUCUCCUUCCCGUUCCCGCAGGAGGGCAGCAGGGUGUGGCAGGAAGGGAGGGAGCCCCCGCUUCCCCGCGACCUGCCCAGCCCGCUGCCGACCAAACGAAACCGCACCUACUCAGCUACGGUCCGCGCUCACUCAGGUCCAGUUUUCAAGGGCACUUGCAAGAACUUUUCCAGAUCACAAGGCCACGGCUUCAUCCAGCCGUCGCGCGGCGGAGAAGACAUCUUCGUUCACAUCUCAGACAUCGAGGGCGAGUACGUCCCCGUCGAGGGAGACGAGGUCACGUACAAGGUGUGCCGGGUUCCCCCUAAGAACAUUAAGGUGCAGGCGGUGGAGGUGAAGAUCAUCCACCUCAACCCGGGGACGAAACACGAGACCUGGUCCGGACAGAUCAUCAGCUCGUAGUCGGCGAGAUCGGAGGACGGCGACGCUCCGGCUCGUGCGGUGGCGGUGCUCCUGGACUCUUUGCUUCGUUUAAAAACAACAACAACAAAAACCCAACAACCUCUUUUAGAAAUAUAUGUUGCUCUACUCUGUGUCAGUCAGAGCUGAUAUGAAAUCGUUACUGUUGCAGGCAAGUACUUACUGACAGAGUUGAUAGAUUCUGUUCAAGCUACUCCAGCAAAUCCUCUUUGUGUUAUUUAUGUUUAAAUUGAAGAGGGGACCAUAAAUUAACCACACUUACAA